AACUUCUUCCCUAACGACGAUAAUGACAGAAAGUCAACAACACAAAUGCGAUGAUUGCCAAAAGCUAUUCAGUCGAUAUGAGCACCUGGUACGCCAUAUAAACUCUGCUCAUAGGAAUGAGAGGCCGCAUGUCUGUUCAUUUUGCAGCCGAUCAUUUGCCCGUUCAGAUGUCCUAACAAGGCAUAUAACGUUACACACGCGACCAGCAACAGCGAUGACAAAAGAUAGACGCCAUAGAAUACACAGAGCGUGUACAAAUUGCAAGAGUAGCAAAUUGAAAUGUGAUGGCCUAAAGCCCACCUGUACACGCUGUAAUCAAAGAGGUAAACAAUGUAGUUUUAUGGCAGAAAUGCCAAAACCAGAACCGUUUACACCGGCAUCUCCACCGCCGACUAAGAAAUUGAGAUUACCGUCAAUCAGUAGCUGGGCUCCCGAUUUAUUCUAAAAUAUUUUAUUCCUGUAAUAACGUAACUAGCAAUUGUACUUAUUUAAACUUCAAACUUUUAC